AGUUCGAAGCGUGGGAGUCAACAGGGUGAACGCGUUUUUUUCAUCACUCUGCUCCAAAGAAAAACAGCUGACUUUCUGUGCGCGUUACCUGCGAAUGGUCAGACGCCAUUGUGUACAAAAAAGUGUCGCAGUCGCCAAAUAAAACGAGCAAAAAAGUGCAAAUCUUUUAUAAAUUGCCAAUAAGAAAAAUAAAAGUCGUCUAGCGCAGUUGUUGUUGGUGUUUAUACAGUUUUAGCUAAUUACAUUUGCAAGCCAGAAACACAUACACACACACAAAAUGGGAAAUGAAACAUCGCUACCCAUGGAAAUGUGCUCGAAUUUCGAUGCAGAUGAGAUUCGUCGUUUGGGCAAACGUUUCCGCAAAUUGGAUUUGGACAAUUCGGGCGCAUUGAGCGUGGAUGAGUUCAUGUCGCUGCCGGAACUGCAACAGAAUCCGCUCGUGCAGCGCGUCAUUGACAUUUUCGAUGCGGAUGGCAAUGGCGAGGUGGACUUCAAGGAGUUUAUCCAAGGCGUCUCCCAGUUCAGCGUGAAGGGUGAUAAAUUGUCGAAGCUGCGCUUCGCCUUUCGCAUCUAUGACAUGGACAAUGAUGGCUAUAUAUCCAACGGUGAACUGUUUCAGGUACUCAAAAUGAUGGUUGGCAACAAUUUGAAAGACACGCAACUGCAGCAGAUUGUGGACAAGACAAUCGGCUUUGCGGACAAGGAUGAGGAUGGCAAGAUAUCGUUCGAUGAAUUCUGUUCGGUUGUGGGCAAUACGGAUAUACACAAGAAGAUGGUUGUAGACGUUUAAGAGGCGAAGGAGGCAAAGAUGCAGCGGAAGCUGAAUGCUGAAUGCGUUUAGGUUUACCUUUUACCUUUAUAUGCAUAUAUUUGAUAUAUAUAUAUAUAUAUAUGAAUACCUUUUUCACUAGUUACU